ACCCAUUUCGUUAUCAGUGCAAGCUUGGCUAUCAAUCAGGCACUAGCAACAUGGCUUCAAAGAUAAUAAUUUUAACGGCCAUCAUCGCAUCUGCUCAAUGCCAAUCGCCGGGAGGUGGACAUCCACAUCCUCACGCCACCAGCUUUUCGACGCUUCAACACCAUCAGUCAGCACCAGGACAACCUCAACCACACAUACCGAUUCCAUCGAGUCACAUACUACCAGUUGCCAUUCCAGUAACGCAAACAAGAGUUGAACCCUACGACCCUCACCCUCACUACGUCUACGCUUACGAUGUCAACGACUUCCACACGGGAGACUCCAAGAGCCAGCACGAAACUCGCCACGGUGACAUCGUGCAGGGCCAAUACAGCCUAACCGACCCCGAUGGCACCAGACGCACCGUCGAUUACAGUUCUGACCCACACAACGGUUUCAACGCGAUCGUCCACCGCACCGCCCCUCAACAACAACAGCAGCAGCAGCAGCAACCCCAACAGCAACAACAGCAGCAGCAACCACAACAGCUACAACCCCAACAGCUACAACAGCAGCAGCAGCCCCAACAACCACAACAACAACAACCCCAACAGCAGCAACAGUCACAGCAACAACAACAACAACAACAACAACAACCCCAAUACAUACACGGCGGAAGAAACUAGACGAUUUUCCAAAUUAUGACCUUCGAGGACGACCUUAGGCGACUUUAAUAUUUAUUCUCGACCAUUUCCGCCCACUUUUCCUGCGCUUUAUUUAAGAUUUGUACGAUACCAUUAAUAUAUCAGCUAAAGCUUA